CUACGAUCCAGGCUGGAGUCGCGCUCGGCCGGUCUGAGCGCUGGCGCUACACGGACGCCACGGGGUCCCCGCCAGCCCAGGGCACUCGGCGCGGGGAUCUGCGCGCCUCGCUCUCCCUUCCCGAUGCCGCCGACCGGCUGCUGAUCGCCGCACCACCUUCCCUCAUCCGCUUGGGUCCGUGGAGGUCCCUGCAGAGGCAGGAAGCCUCCUUCGGAAAGCAGGGAUGGAGGUAAAUUGUUUAACACUAAAAGACCUGAUCAGCCCCAGGCAGCCCAGACUAGAUUUUGCAGUUGAAGAUGGGGAAAAUGCACAAAAGGAAAAUAUAUUUGUUGAUCGAUCAAGGAUGGCCCCGAAGACUCCAAUAAAAAAUGAACCAAUUGAUUUAUCAAAGCAAAAAAAAUUUACUCCAGAAAGAAAUCCCAUUACUCCAGUUAAGCUUGUUGACAGACAGCAAGCGGAACCGUGGACACCCACAGCUAACCUGAAGAUGCUCAUUAGUGCUGCCAGCCCAGAUAUAAGGGACCGGGAGAAGAAAAAGGGACUAUUCCGACCCAUUGAAAACAAGGACGAUGCAUUUACAGAUUCUCUACAGCUUGAUGUUGUUGGGGACAGUGCUGUGGACGAAUUUGAAAAGCAAAGGCCAAGCAGAAAACAGAAAAGUUUAGGACUGCUGUGCCAGAAGUUUCUAGCUCGCUAUCCAAGUUAUCCCUUGUCAACUGAGAAAACUACCAUCUCCCUAGAUGAAGUUGCUGUCAGUCUUGGUGUGGAAAGGAGACGCAUCUAUGACAUUGUAAAUGUUCUGGAGUCGCUGCAUCUGGUCAGCCGGGUGGCUAAGAAUCAGUAUGGCUGGCAUGGACGGCACAGCCUGCCAAAAACCCUGAAGAACCUCCAGAGACUAGGAGAGGAGCAGAAAUAUGAAGAGCAAAUGGCCUGCCUCCAACAGAAAGAGCUGGACCUGAUAGAUUAUAAAUUUGGAGAACGUAAAAAAGAUGGCGAUCCAGAUUCCCAGGAACAACAGUUAUUGGAUUUCCCUGAACCCGACUGUCCCUCUUCAUCUGCAAACAGUAGAAAAGACAAGUCUCUGAGAAUUAUGAGCCAGAAGUUUGUCAUGCUGUUCCUCGUCUCCAAAACCAAGAUCGUCACUCUGGAUGUGGCUGCCAAAAUACUGAUAGAAGAAAGCCAAGAUGCCCCGGACCAUAGUAAAUUUAAAACAAAGGUACGACGCCUCUAUGACAUAGCCAAUGUUCUGACCAGCUUGGCUCUGAUCAAGAAAGUGCAUGUAACAGAAGAGCGAGGCCGUAAACCAGCCUUCAAGUGGAUCGGGCCUGUGGACUUCAGCUCAAGUGAUGAAGAACUGGUGGAUGUUUCUGCAUCUGUCUUACCAGAAUUGAAAAGAGAAACAUAUGGCCAGAUUCAAGUCUGUGCAAAACAGAAGCUGGCUCGCCAUGGUUCUUUUAACACAGUUCAGGCUUCUGAGAGGAUCCAGAGGAAGGUGAACUCAGAACCGAGCAGCCCGUACAGAGAAGAACAAGGAUCAGGUGGCUACUCUUUAGAAAUUGGAAGCCUGGCAGCUGUCUAUAGACAGAAAAUAGAAGACAAUUCACAGGGAAAAGCCUUUGCCAGUAAGAGAGUGGUGCCUCCAUCAAGCAGCUUGGACUCUGUUGCUCCUUUCCCUGUCCUCUCUGUUGACCCAGAAUAUUGUGUUAAUCCUUUAGCCCACCCAGUAUUUUCUGUUGCUCAGACGGACCUGCAGGCAUUCUCCAUGCAGAACGGUCUGAAUGGACAAGUGGACGUCUCACUUGCUUCUGCAGCCUCUGCUGUGGAGAGCCUGAAGCCAGCACUCCUUGCUGGCCAGCCUCUAGUGUACGUGCCCUCUGCCUCACUGUUCAUGCUGUAUGGAAGUCUGCAGGAGGGACCAGCGUCAGGGUCAGGGUCAGAGAGGGAUGACAGAAGCUCAGAAGCCCCAGCCACAGUAGAGCUGUCAUCCGCACCGUCAGCUCAGAAGCGCCUCUGUGAGGAGAGGAAACCUCAGGAGGAGGAUGAGCCAGCCACUAAAAGGCAAAGCAGGGAAUAUGAAGACGGCCCGCUGUCACUCGUCAUGCCCAAGAAACCCUCAGAUUCCACAGACCUUGCCUCUCCCAAGACUAUGGGUAACAGGGCGUCUAUACCCCUCAAAGACAUUCAUGUGAAUGGCCAACUCCCUGCUGCAGAAGAGAUUUCAGGAAAGGCAACAGCAAACUGUUUUGUUUCUUCUGAGUGGGGAAAUCCUUCAAGAAAUACAAAUGUUGAAAAGCCUUCGAAAGAAAAUGAAAGCACCAAAGAGCCUUCUUUGCUACAGUAUCUUUGUGUGCAGUCUCCUGCAGGAUUAAAUGGUUUCAAUGUACUUUUAUCUGGCAGUCAAACCCCCCCUACUGUGGGCCCAUCCUCAGGUCAGCUGCCGUCUUUCAGUGUCCCUUGCAUGGUCUUACCGUCUCCAUCUCUGGGCCCUUUUCCUGUUCUCUAUUCUCCUGCAAUGCCGGGCCCGGUUUCUUCUACUCUUGGUGCUCUCCCAAACACAGGACCUGUGAAUUUCAGCUUGCCUGGCCUUGGAUCAAUAGCCCAGCUUCUCGUCGGCCCCACAGCUGUGGUUAAUCCAAAGUCGUCCACACUCCCUUCUGCAGACCCUCAGCUUCAGGGUCAGCCCUCACUAAACCUGAGUCCGGUGAUGUCAAGGUCACACAGUGUCGUCCAACCUGAGUCCCCCGUUUACGUGGGACAUCCAGUCUCAGUAGUAAAAUUACAUCAGUCACCAGUUCCAGUGACCCCCAAGAGCAUCCAACGCACACAUCGUGAGACAUUUUUCAAGACACCCGGCAGCCUUGGAGACCCUGUCCUAAAGAGAAGAGAAAGGAACCAGUCACGAAACACCAGCUCGGCCCAGAGGAGACUAGAAAUCCCCAGCGGCGGGGCUGACUAACCUGCCGCUUUGCCAGGUGGGGGUGGGAUCAAACGCCCUGAGAGUCCCGGAUGUCCGAGGCGGGAUGCAAACCAUCCCGUCCUGAGCACGGGUCCUUCCUCUCUCUUUCAUCCACACUUCUGUUAACUUCCCACCAUCAAUCAUCUGAUUUCCUGAAAGUAAUUAAUUGUGCAUUUAAUACCAGUUAGAGUUCCGACUCUGCAUGGUGUCACAGUG